AUGGCCGCUUCACUGAAUGUCAUUGCCUUGAUAUCUGGCGGCAAAGAUUCCUUUUUCUCUAUCCUGCACUGCCUAGCAAAUGGCCACCGGCUCGUCGCGUUAGCCAACCUACACCCGCCGGAAGACGGCGAUGAAGACAUCAACAGCUUCAUGUAUCAAACCAUCGGCUCCUCACUGAUCCCGCUGUACGGAAAAGCUCUCGACGUCCCGCUUUACCGCCAGGAGAUCCGUGGGUCUGCUGUUAUCCACGAUAGAGACUACCGUGAAGAGAAGGACGAUGAAACUGAGGACCUGGUUCCGCUUUUGAGAAAGGUCAUGGAGCAGCACCCGGAAGCUAAUGCUGUUUCUACAGGUGCGAUUCUAUCGACGUACCAGCGGACGCGCGUCGAAAGUGUUGCUCUGCGGCUCGGACUCACGCCGCUUUCCUUUCUAUGGCAGUAUCCAUUUCUUCCGCCGUAUUCGCAAUCAAGUCUGCUCAGUGAUAUGCACGCCGUCGGACAGCAUUCCAAGAUCAUAAAAGUGGCUUCUGGUGGCUUGGAUGAAAGUUUCCUAGGCGAGAAUGUCGCGGAUCCCAAGACGGUGAGCCGGAUGAAGAAGGCGCUUGGUCGGUUUAGUGAAAAUGGUGACGGUGCUCUAGUCGGUGAAGGAGGCGAGUUUGAGACGCUCGUCGUGGAUGGGCCGUCAUUAUUGUGGAAGCGGAAGCUAGAGAUCCCAGGGGAAGGGGAAAUUGUACGGCAAGAGGGUGGGACCGCAACCUGGAAGGCUACUGCAAAGCUUGACCUCAGGAAACCGCCUACCUUUGACGAUGAAUUCGUCCGAAUCUUAAAAUCUCCGCUAGAAACACCAACCAUAACAAGGCUCUCAGAAAAACGACCAAGACCCAUCACCUUGCCUACAAGCAGACACUUCCAGCACGCCGAAACCCUCAUCUUCAGCAACCUGAUCGGCCUCUCCCAUCCUCCCUCCACUUAUUCCGACCCCUCCCACCCUAGCAUCAAACUCCAACUCACCAACAUCUUCCUCCGCCUCAUAAAACUGCUCGAAUCUUACCAAACAAUGCCAGACCACAUAACCCACUGCACACUCCUGCUCCGCGACAUGAAAGACUUCACCUCCAUCAACGCUCUCUAUGCGCAUUUCUUCAGAUUCACAAAUCCACCCAGCCGCGUCACCAUCGCAGUCGGCGACACCAUCCCGGCAGGCCUCGACGUAAUGCUCACCGCAAUCGCGCAUCCCGCGGGCCAGCGUACCGGGCUCCACGUGCAGAGCCAGUCGUACUGGGCGCCCGCGAAUAUUGGGCCGUAUAGUCAGGCCAUCUCCGUACCGCUAAGACGAGGAGAUGGAGAGGGAAGGGAGCUUCAUAUCGCUGGGCAGAUUCCACUGGAUCCAGUGUCUAUGACGCUGUACACAAAGGAUGGGUUCAACGGCGAGGCGGUGCUCGCACUACAGCACUUAUGGCGGAUUGGGCGGACGCAGGGCGUGAAG